GAAGAAGCCAUAGCUGCUGGAGAGUCCCAGGAUGCAGAUGCUGAGUUGUCUACACUUCAGAAGGAGAGUAAUAUGCCCCUGGAGCAGUUGUUAGCUCUAUAUGGUUAUCAAGGCGAGAAUCAAGAAAACGAAGACCCUGACCAAAAACCUGAGGAAGAUCAAGAGGAAGAACAAGAAGUUGAAGAAACCAGUCCGGAAAUGUCGGAAUCCAUAGAAGAACAAGAUAGUGUACCUUCUCCCCCAGAACCUUCAAAAUUGAGUGUUCUUUAUGAGCCAAUAGCCGACGACCAAGAUGAAUCUCGUUUACUACGCUCUGUCUCAUCAAGGGUAAGCGAAGAGGAGGAUGAAGACUAUGAUUACAGCCCUGAUGAGGAGGACUGGAGAAAGACGAUUAUGGUAGGUAGUGACUACCAGGCCCAAAUACCAGAAGGACUUUCUCAUUAUGAUGAUGCUCUUCCGUAUGAAAAUGAAGAUAAACUCCUUUGGGACCCCAAUGAUACACAUUUAGAGGGUAUCGAUGUUUCCGAUUUCCUGCGCAAGGUUUCUGCUAUUAGAACUUCUAAAACAGGUCUACCUCAAGGAAUAAACCUUCGUGACGAUGAGGAGGCCUUGUACAUGCUGCAACAAUGUGGACAUAACGUUGAGGAAGCAUUACGCCGUUUAAAAAUGUCCGCACCCGCAGUUUCUCCCGAAAAGAAGAAGAAAGAGAGUCUUUGGUCCGAAGAAGAAUGUAGAAAUUUCGAAGCUGGUGUAAGGGCGUAUGGAAAGAAUUUCCAUAGAAUACAACAAGAAAAGGUUCGUACACGAUCAGUCGGAGAACUCGUCCAAUUCUACUACUUGUGGAAAAAAUCCGAACGACAUGAUAUAUUCGCUAACCGAACAAGAUUGGAAAAGAAGAAAUACGUUCUCCAUCCUGGAAUAACCGAUUUCAUGGACAGGUUUUUGGAGGAUCAGGAUAGCCGUGACAGAAGCGAUUCUCCUCCAACUCCAACGUGCAGCACUUCUGGUACUGCAAGACAGCCCCCACCACCUCCACCACCAGAUACCUGAUCUUUGUUAUAUAGUUAUUGGCUAUAUAAGAAUAAAAAGUAGCUGCCAGUUUUAGAGGCAUUGCUACACAUUUUUAAAGUUUCAGUUAACCACGUGUGUUUAGUCUAUUAGAAUAAGCCAUUUUGUGAAUGAUUGACAUUUACUCCGACUAAAUUUAUGUUCGUUUAACCAUUCAUUUUAUAUAAUAACAACAUGUGUAUUCAGUUUAUUAACGUAAGUAAGAUGCAUACAAGCGUA